AUGAACAGUGCCUUGCCUAGUUGGAGAGGACCUGAGCAGGUAGUUGCAGAAACAGUGCCAAUAUGUCAUAAAGACUUGUUCGGCAACCAAGGCCGAGGUGGAAGAGGUGGAAGAGGGAUUUCUUGGGUUGAGAUGGGGCUUCAACCAAUAACAAGUUUUGACCAGGUGUCCCAAUUGCCUGCAAGAAGAGCCGAACGAACUGAUUCAAGUUCUGAAGGAAGCUUGAAGAGAGUGAAGUACGCAAGAACCUCCGAGUCAACCUUGAAGCCAAUGCAACGGACUGAGAAGGAACUAUAUCAGUACGAGCAAGACAACAAGUGUGAACAAGAUGAGAAAGAGAUGGAACAGUUGGGGCGAGCAAGUGUUGAAUGGAAUUGGUCUAUUGAUUGCAAUGCAUACCUGAGAAGGAACUAUAUCAGUAUGAGUGAGACAACAAGUGUGAACGAGAUGAGAAAGAGAUGGAACAGUUGGGGCGAGCAAGUGUGGAAUGGAAUUGGUGAAGAGAAGCGAACAACAGGAGUGUAG